AUCGACUCAGAAUGUGUGUGAGUGUGGAAGCUUUUCCGCUAUUCGAUAAGAUAGGGAACUCGACAAUCCAUUCAGUGCACUGAGAACCUUUACCAUGGCGAGUUUGAAAGUUAUGAGAGCUCUGACCUUUGCCCUGCUGCUCCUGCUGGCCAUCCACUUUAGUCGGGCAGAGAUUAUCGAUGGCGAGGAGGAGACGGACCGCUUUUGUUAUCCGGAGAGCUCCAAGAACUCUCGGCGCUCCUGCGAGUGCAGCAAUGUGAGUGCUUCACCCUGGGGAAUGCGUGCCCUGCGCAUCGAUUGCAGCUACAAGGACUACAAAGUCAAGGAUCUCUCCCUGGUGCUACCCCUGUAUAUCGACUCCCUGGACCUCUCCUGGAAUGGCCUGGAUUCGGUGCCGAUCUUUGCCAGCGACAGUCUGCAUCAGUUGAAUCUGAGGCAUAAUAACAUAUCGAAGGUGAUAGCUGGCAACUUUAAGCAGUUGACCAGUUUGAAGGAGCUCUAUCUGGGCUGGAACAGCAUUGCCCAACUGGAGGCUAACUCCUUCGAGGGGUUGCCCCAUCUUCAAGUGCUCGACUUGGCCCACAACAAUUUGCACUCCCUGCCCAGCCAGCUGUUUGCCCCGCUCCUCGUUCUGGGCAGUCUGGAUAUUUCCUGGAAUCGCCGUUUCAACGAAUCUGGCGGAGAUCUGUAUACCGAACUGGGCGUGAACUGGAAACUGGCCACUUUGAGGUUGGAUGCCUGCAGCUUGACUGAGCUCCACCUGCCCGUGAGUGCUCCCCUAAAGGAACUUUCUCUGAGGAGGAAUCAGCUGAAGCGAAUUCCCAGUCAACUGCCGGAAUCCCUGCUCCGCCUGGACAUCAGCGACAAUCUGCUGGAGGAGCUUCGCCCCCAGGACACGGCCAAUCUUACCCAGGUGCGCCAGCUGUUCGUCGAGGAUAUGUCCCUGCUGCAGAGCGUGGUGGCCCAGGCCCUGGCCCCCGUGGAUCUUCUCGAGACACUGAGCUUCCAGAACAGUCGACAAUUGACUCACUUCGAUGCCCAGGCCUUUGGAGUCAUCUCUCCAGUCUCCAUUAAAAAGAAAGCCCUGCGAUCCCUGAGCUUUCGUGGCACUAUGCUGCGCUCCUUUAAUUCCACGCUGGCGCCACUUUUUAACCAGCUUACCGAACUGGAUCUCAAUGGUCUCCCGCUGCAGUGUGACUGCGAGCUGGUGUGGCUGAAGCAGCUGCCCUACCAGACCAACGGAAGGUGCUACAAGCCAAACCGGAUCCGUGGCAUGCUGGUCACAUCCGCCCGAGGAGACGCCUUCAGCUGCGACACCUGGCCGAGAUGGGCCUACGGCCUGGUGGUGCUCUCCCUCAUCGCCCUCAGUGCCGUGGGCAUCUACCUGAUAGUCAUGGGACUGAGGCCACAUCGAGGGGUCACCAUGCGCCGCAAGGUGGGCGCCGGUUCGCCCUACGCCCGCGUCACCAUCGAGCCCAAUCGCCAGGAGAAUCCCCUCUAGAAGUCACUUAGAAAAAAAUACCACCUAAGUUGUUGUAACUAACAUAAAUAAUCCAAAGCCUUACAGCCCAUUAGUAGACAAUAAAAAAACACACACACAACACUAAAA